AUGCCCCCCAUUGCCGCUCAGAGCCUACGACGGCUGAGCAAGUUUCCUCGGAAAUGGGCAUAUCCAGCGCAUUUGGUCGGUGGACGGAGAGUCGGCGGCUACAAGUACAUUUCGGUGCAAGCGACGCCCGCGACCGACACAAGCAGAAUCAACGUGGCGAGUAGAUCGUUGUCCGCUGCAACGCCGGACGCCUCAUUCGAAGUCAUUGGAAGUCCGUACUCGCUCCUUUCCGUUACGCUGUCUCCUUCUCAAGAGCUGUAUACCCGUCGGGGAACCCUUGUGGCCUUUGCUGGAGAUCCCAAUGGGACUGUGUCGACCUUGCGAAUCCUUAACCCCGUCCGUCGCGCCUUGAUCGGGAUACCAUUCUUGUAUCAAAAAAUCACUUCCACGUCCCCUGCCAAUGCUCUGAUUGCGACGAGGUCACCGAUGACCACAUUUGCCAUUCUGCAGCUGGAUGGCACGAUGGACUGGAAACUGGCUCAGAGAAAAGCGCUCCUGGCUUGGACCGGGAGCACGCUCACUGUGAAGCCGAGCAUAAAUUCGAGAUUUUCUCUCGCAUACUGGGGAAGUUCCAAUGUCACUGGAAGAGGACUGCUAGCUCUCGCAGGUCAGGGCCAAGUCUACUCUGUUGACCUUGCAGAAGGGGAGACAUAUCUUGUUCAUCCUUCCAACGUACUCGCCUACAGCUCAUCAUCGCCGUCUCCAGCACCUCUGCCCUUUCGAUUCAAGUCAUCCAGUGCCCGAUUCCAAAUACCUCUUCAGCUCGGCAACUUCUUUCCUUCGUCGAAAUUUGUCGAGACCCUGAAGACCAGCAGCACUUACAAAGUUGUUGCCAAUAUACUGUACAGAAUCCGCACAUGGAGCCGGCGGACCAUCUGGGGGGACCGAUUGUUUCUCCAGUUUAGCGGCCCCACGACGCUCCUCAUCCAAAGCCGAGCUGCGAGGGUAAAUGAUGUCUUGACAACACAGGAAGUGAACGAGAUUGCGGAUGCACCUGCAGGGGCUGUUCAGGAGGCUAUCUCUAAUAUCCGCUCCACAAACCUUGAAUUGUCCAAAUCAGAUUCUACCGUGCCUGCUCCACCGAGGCUGUCGGUGGCAAGUGUCAGUCGCGAUGGCAAGGUCACCUUUGAUACCGCGCAGAGCUCUGAUCAGAAAAAUUGA